UCACACACAGCAGCACAGACUCAGGACUGGGAGCUAAGCAUGCCUUCAGACAGACUUCCUGGAUGGCUGAAUUCUCUGACUUGUGGGCUUCUGCUUCUCUUCUCUGUGCAGGGCCAGGACUCAUCCAGGCCCAUCAGGAACACACACACCGGACAGGUACAGGGUAGCCUUGUCCACUUGGAGGAUAUCAACAUGGGAGUCCAUACCUUCCUGGGAAUUCCCUUUGCCAAGCCACCUGUAGGACCUCUGCGGUUUGCUCCUCCUGAGCCCCCUGAACCAUGGAGUGGUGUGAGGGAUGGAACUUCCCAUCCUGCCAUGUGUCUACAGAAUAUCACUGUAUUGAGUGCAUUAGCCCAGACCCCAUUCACAAGAACCCCACCUCUUCUUUCUAUGUCUGAAGACUGCCUGUACCUCAACAUCUACUCACCUGUUCAUGCUUCUGAGGGCUCCAACCUACCUGUGAUGGUAUGGAUCCAUGGUGGAGGACUGGUUCUGGGUAUGGCUUCUAUGUAUGAUGGAUCGAAGCUAGCAGCCAUUGAGGACAUAGUGGUGGUCACUAUCCAGUACCGCCUGGGUAUCCUGGGUUACUUCAGCACUGGAGACCAACAUGCCAGAGGCAACUGGGGCUACCUGGACCAAGUGGCCGCCCUGCGCUGGGUCCAGCAGAACAUCGCCCACUUUGGAGGCAACCCUGACCAGGUCACUAUUUUUGGCGAGUCAGCAGGUGGCGCAAGUGUGUCUUCACUUGUUUUGUCCCCAAUGUCCAAAGGACUCUUCCAUGGAGCCAUUAUGCAGAGUGGAGUAGCCCUGCUGCCUGGUCUCGUCUCCCAAUCUGCUGAGGUGGUCUACACAAUGGUGGCCAACCUCUCUGGAUGUAAUCAGAUGGACUCAGAAUCCCUGGUGGGCUGUCUGAGAGGCAAGAGUGAAGAGGAGAUUCUGGAUAUCACCAAGGUCUUCAAAAUCAUCCCUGCUGUGGUGGAUGGGGUGUUCUUUCCUAUGCAUCCUGAAGAGCUGUUGGUCUCUGCUGAUUUUCAACCUGUCCCCAGCAUCAUAGGUGUCAACAAUGAUGAGUAUGGCUGGGACGUCCCAACUUACCUGUGCAACAUUGAUACUGGGGAAAAAGUGGACAGAGAGACCAUUCAGGCUGUUCUACAGAGCACACCAACACAACUGAUGAUGCCUCCUGAUUCUGCUGACAUUCUAGUAGAGGAGUAUUUGGGAGACAUUGAAGAUCCUGAGAUUCUCCUAGCACAGUUCAAGGAGAUGAUGGAAGACUCCGUAUUUGUGGCCCCUGCCUUGCAAGUAGCCCAUGCUCAGAGUGAAUACAUCUAUAAAUAUGACUCUGGGUUGGGACUCUAG